GGGAGCGGGAGGCGUCGGCGGCCUGGCAUGGGCGACCCUGCGGGCCCGAGCGGGGCGCGAGCCCGGAAGGCGCGGGCGGAGAUGCGAGCGCAGCCCGUGGGGCCAGGCCACCAUGGACAGAGGCCAGUCCCUGCCCCUCCCUGGUGACUUGGCUGCAUCCCUGCGGCCUGGAAGGCUGAGGGGAUGGUGAGUGUUGGCAGAGUCCUGUUGGCCCAUCCAGAAUGAGAUGCCCUGUAUCCAAGCCCAGUAUGGAACACCAGCAACAAGCCCAGGACCGCGUGACUACCUGACGAGUGACCCCCUGGCCCUUGAGUUCAGCAAGCCUACCAUGGACCUGGCCAGCCCUGAGGCAGCGCCCACUGCACCCACCACCCUUCCCAGCUUCAGCACCUUCAUGGACGGCUACGCCGGAGAGUUUGACACCUUCCUGUACCAGCUGCCGGGAACAACACAGCCAUGCUCCUCAGCUUCUUCGUCAGCUUCCUCCACGUCUUCUUCCUCAUCCUCAGCCACCUCUCCCGCCUCUGCUUCCUUCAAGUUUGAGGACUUCCAGGUGUAUGGCUGUUAUCCCGGCACCCUGAGUGGCCCAUUAGAUGAGACCCUGUCCUCCAGCGGCUCUGAUUACUAUGGCAGUCCCUGCUCAGCCCCGUCGCCAUCUACACCCAGCUUCCAGCCACCCCAGCUCUCUCCCUGGGAUGGAUCAUUUGGCCACUUCUCCCCCAGCCAGACUUAUGAAGGCCUUCGGGCAUGGACAGAGCAGUUGCCCAAGGCUUCUGGGCCUCCACCACCUCCAACCUUCUUCUCCUUCAGUCCCCCAACGGGUCCCAGCCCGAGCCUGGCCCAGAGUUCUCUCAAGCUGUUCUCACCACCAUCCACCCACCAGCUUGGGAAGGGAGAGAGCUAUUCCAUGCCAGCGGCUUUCCCUGGCUUGUCACCCACCUCUCCGAACCUUGACACUUCCGGGAUUCUGGAUGCACCUGUGACUUCCACCAAGGCCCGGAGUGGGGCUUCAGGUGGCAGUGAAGGCCGCUGUGCCGUUUGUGGGGACAACGCUUCCUGCCAGCAUUACGGGGUUCGCACCUGUGAGGGCUGCAAGGGUUUCUUCAAGCGUACAGUGCAGAAAAGUGCCAAGUACAUCUGCCUGGCAAACAAGGACUGCCCUGUGGACAAGAGGCGGCGGAACCGCUGCCAGUUCUGUCGCUUCCAGAAGUGCCUGGCUGUGGGCAUGGUGAAGGAAGUUGUCCGGACAGACAGCCUAAAGGGGCGGCGUGGCCGGCUGCCUUCCAAACCCAAGCAACCCCCAGACACCUCUCCUACCAAUCUCCUUACUUCUCUCAUCCGGGCGCAUUUGGACUCUGGGCCUAGUACUGCCAAGUUGGAUUAUUCCAAGUUCCAGGAGCUGGUGCUACCCCGCUUCGGAAAUGAAGAUGCAGGCGAUGUGCAGCAGUUUUAUGACUUGCUCACGGGCUCCCUGGAAGUUAUCCGCAAGUGGGCAGAGAAGAUCCCUGGCUUUGCCGAGCUUUCCUCCGGAGACCAAGACCUGCUGCUGGAGUCGGCCUUCCUGGAACUCUUCAUUCUCCGCCUGGCCUACCGAUCUAAGCCUGAUGAAGGGAAGCUCAUCUUUUGCUCAGGCCUGGUGCUACACCGGCUACAGUGUGCCCGAGGCUUUGGCGACUGGAUUGACAGCAUCCUGGCCUUCUCGCGGUCCCUGCAAAGCUUGGCUGUUGAUGUCCCUGCCUUUGCCUGCCUGUCUGCUCUGGUCCUUAUCACUGACCGACACGGGCUCCAGGAUCCUCGGCGCGUGGAGGAGCUGCAGAAUCGCAUUGCCAGCUGCCUGAAGGAGCACAUGGCUGCUGUGAUGGGAGAGCCUCAGCCAGCCAGCUGCCUGUCACGUCUGCUGGGCAAGUUGCCUGAGCUUCGGACCCUGUGCACCCAAGGCCUGCAGCGCAUCUUCUACCUCAAGCUGGAGGACUUGGUGCCCCCUCCACCUAUUGUGGACAAGAUCUUUAUGGACACAUUGUCUUUCUGAUCCCUACCCCGAACACGUGUGCACACAUGUGUGCGCUCUCAUGUCACCCAUGUGCCUUUAAGCCCACGGAUCCCCAGAACACCCCGCUCCCAGCCUGGUUUUGAGCUAAGACUGACUCGCUUCCUCACUCCAGAAGAUGUACAGGACGCUCAAGACCUGGGGGAGAGUGUGUGUUCAUGGGGGUGACCCCACUAUUUGUCUUAUCCCUGUAGCUCAGUCCUGGCCUUCGUGGUUUUUUUUGUAAGAUAAAAACAUUUUUAACACAUACCACUCUGCUGUAAAUGAGCUGAAGUUGCUGUAAAUACAUAAAGGAAGAGGUGAGGUGGGGGUUGGGAGGAAGGGAUGGGGCCCUCACCAGCCUGGUCAAGCCUUUCAGCCUCCACCUUGAGAUCUCUUCCACUUUCCUUCCACAUGUACAUAGCUGUCACUCAAGGUGAAUGGCAGAUUCUGAUUUAUAUUUGUGUAUUUUUCCUGGAUUUAUAGGAUGUGACUUUUCUGAUUAAUAUAUUUAAUAUAUUGAAUAAAAAAUAGACAUG